AUGAUCGUGGAGGAAGAGGAGGAGCAGGAGAAGAGAACACAUGCGAAGGGAGAGGAGAACAAGGAGGAAGAGAGCGACAAUAUCGGGGAGAAGGAGGAGCCCAGUCAAGGACAGGAUGAUGUCGAGGACAAGGAGGACAGGAAGACCUCCGUCAGCCAAGUACCGCCAGCAUCCAUCAUGUUGAAUCCUGUGGACAGGUUCAAUAUCGAUGGCAGUUUGGAUAGCCUAUUUGAGUGCAUGGAUGAAAGUGUGGAAAGCAAGAAUGUCAGCCACCUGUUGGCACAGAACCGAGAUCUCCAGACCGCCCUCAAUGCCGCUCUUGAAGAGUUGAAGAAUGUCCAGAUCGCCAUCCAAGACAAGCAUGAAGUUAUAGAAACACAAGCUGUGGAGAUAGCGGAUCUCAAAGAGAAGCUAAAGGCUGCAUAUGAGGACAUCCAGAAGGUGAAGGAGGAGAAGCAGACCGAAGUACGAGCGAAGAUCAAGAACAUGGAAGAGCUGAACGAGAAAAUUGAAAAGAUCGCUGACCUCAGAGCGGAAAUCUUCAGAUUGCAGGAAGAGUUUUCCAAGGAGCACACAUAUGCGAAUGUUCCCGACGUGAGCAUAAUCUCAGAGAUGCGGAGCAUACUCGAGCAGGAACAGAAGUCGAAACGGCUCGACAUAGCGCGCAUUUCCGCCAUGCUGGAAGAGAAGCGGGUCCAGGUCCAGACUCGUGUGCGAUGCACUUUCUCCUGA